AUGUUAAGACUUGCUGCCUUUGUUGCAAUACUGGUCGCUGUAAGGGGAAAUAACCUAGAAAGGAAUGAACGUGGGAGAGAAGCACGCGAUACUUCAUCGGGACUGCUUGAAGAACCAAAUAGUAUUCAAUCCAACAUUAAAGAUGCAUCUCUAAAUGAAGAAAACAAACGAAUCCUGAAUGAAAAUGAUAAUUUGCUUAGUGCAGAUUUAUCGGAUGACAAUGAAACUGAGGGCUCCCAAGGUGACUUUAACGAAGAAAACGUGAAUGCUUCUGAUGAUAUCCAAGAUGACUUUGAGGUAGAAGAAGAGAAUGAUUCCGAUGAUAUCCAAGAUGACUCUGACAAAGAAGACGACAGCGAUUCCAUUGACAACCAAGAUGAAUCUAAUAAAGAAGAUUACAGUGAACCCGAAAAUACUUCUGUUUUUGGAACAGAAGAUCAUAGAGAUUCUUUGUCCGAGCUUCAUGAUAUGAUCAGCAGAGCGAAUCCAGGAUUACCUGAGGAAUCCAAAAGAAACUUUGAGGAUAAAGAUAUCAUCGAUGGGGAUAUUAAACUAGACGAAGAAUCCGCUGCGGAACUUGUAGAUUUUUACAAGAGAAAUCCACAGUACCUAAGCCUGGAUGACAAUGUCACGAGUGCCACUUUGAGGACUGCCCUUCAUGAACUAGGUCAUACCCUUGGUUUAUAUCAUGAACAAAGUAGACCUGACAGAAAUAAUUACGUUAUAAUCAAGAAAGGAAACAUUCAAACAGGAAAAUUACCGAAUUUCCUCAUCAGACCAUCUAAAACCUACGGUACCUUAUAUGACUAUGGAUCAGUUAUGCACUACAGUGACACGGCAUUUGCCAAAGAGAGUGGUUUAAAAACAAUUGUAGCCAAACAAGGGAAUUAUGAGCGGACAAUGGGACAAAGAAUUGGUUUAUCGUUUUACGACAUCAAAGCUGCCAAUUACCACUAUUGUCAAAGUAUGUCUAACUUUUAA